AUGGCUGACGACACCGCUUCGCCCUUUGGGCCGCUCUUGCUAGAGCUGGCCAGGAUGAGGAAAUCGACCCUCUCUGCCGCAAUCGACGACGUCGACAAGAUCAUUGAUCUAUUGACCGCCGCCCGCGAACAGGUCGCCGCUGAGGACGAUAGUCACAGAACAAUGAUGGCCUUGACGACGCUGCAAAACCCCGUCAAGUCUAGGCUUGAAGCGAUAAAUACAGACUUAAAAGAUGUUAAUAAAGCGCAAAAGGCAUUUGGCAAGGCCCUGGACAAGGCUCUCCCACAACGCCAUCUUCCCAUGGAAACCGACGCCAUGGCCGACCAGUCCGAUCUGAUCAACCGCGCCAUUGUCAUGCAUCUCCUCCGAGAAGGCCAGUUCGACGUGGCUUCAACUUUUGUGCGAGAAGCGCGUGACAACCCCCUCGAGGCUCGGCACUCGUCCCGGCAGACACCCACACCGUCGCAGGUUGACGCAGAUGGUGACGAUGACAUGGACGGGCCUGACGGGCACGAAGAUGACGACGAAGAUGAUGAGGACGAGGAUGAAUACGAAGACGAUUUCAUGUGGGGAAAGGACGACCACGACAGCUUUGAAAGCAUCACAGCGCAACUCGACGGCCGACACGGCGGGUUACAGGAAAAGUUUUCCGAAAUGUAUGAUAUUCUCAGCGAGCUACGGCAGCACAACCUCUCGCCCGCAAUCCGGUGGGCGCACGACAACAACACCCAGCUGGAAGCGAAGGGCAGCAACCUCGAGUUCGAGCUGUGCAAGCUACAGUUUGUAUGGCUUUUUAGGGGUCCGGCCGUCAACGGGCUUCCUGAUGACGGGCAUAAUGGCCACGAGGGUGCGCUGCUUUAUGCGAGGCAGCACUUUGGGCGCUUCCAGGCGCGCCACCUGCGCGAGAUUCAGCAGCUGUGCUGCGCCCUGGUCUUCGCGGGCAACCUCGAGGCGUCACCCUACAGCCGCCUCUUCCGGGUCGACACGGCCUUUGAAGAGGUCUCGGCCUCGUUCACACGCGAGUUCUGCUCCCUUCUCGGCCUCGCUGCCGAGUCGCCGCUCUACGUCGCCGUCACCGCCGGCGCCAUCGCGCUGCCGCGCCUCAUCAAGUACACGACCUACAUGCGCGAGAAGAAGACGGAGUGGACGACGGAGAACGAGCUCGCCUUCGAGACGCCCCUCCCGCCCUCCAUGAUCUACCACCCCAUAUUUGUCUGCCCCGUUAGUAAAGAGCAGACAACCGAGGCCAACCCCCCGAUGCUGUUGCCUUGCGGCCACGUAAUCUGCCACGACAGCCUCAAGAACAUUGCUAAGGGCUCCCGCUGCAAAUGCCCUUACUGCCCUACCGAGGGACACAUCAAAGAUGCCAUUCGGAUCACGCUGUAA